GUGGGGGCGGGGCCUCCCCGGAAGCGCGCAGUGCAGCGUGGGCAGGCGGUGCCGCCCGCGCGUGCGCAGUGCGGGCCUGCGAGGGAAAGAUGGUGCUGAUCAAGGAAUUCCGAGUGGUUUUACCUUGCUCAGUGCAAGAGUAUCAAGUUGGGCAACUUUAUUCUGUGGCAGAAGCUAGCAAAAAUGAAACAGGAGGCGGUGAAGGAAUUCAAGUCUUAAAAAAUGAGCCUUAUGAAAAGGAUGGCGAGAAGGGACAAUAUACUCACAAAAUCUAUCAUUUAAAGAGUAAAGUUCCUGGUUUUGUAAGGAUGAUUGCUCCAGAAGGCUCCCUGGUGUUCCAUGAGAAGGCUUGGAAUGCGUAUCCCUACUGUAGAACAAUUGUGACAAAUGAAUAUAUGAAAGAUGACUUCUUCAUAAAAAUUGAGACCUGGCAUAAACCAGAUCUGGGGACAUCAGAGAAUGUGCACAAUUUAGAUCCAAACACAUGGAAGACUGUUGAAAUUGUCCAUAUUGACAUUGCAGAUAGAACUCAAGUAGAACCAGGAGACUACAAAGCUGAUGAAGACCCUGCGUUAUUCCAGUCAGUUAAGACGAAGAGAGGACCUUUGGGGCCAAAUUGGAAGAAAGAGCUAGCAACUGACGAAGAGUGUCCUAAAAUGUGUGCUUACAAGUUGGUGACUAUCAAAUUUAAAUGGUGGGGACUGCAGAACAAAGUUGAAAACUUUAUACAAAAGCAAGAAAAAAGGAUAUUUACCAACUUUCAUCGCCAGCUGUUCUGUUGGAUUGACAAGUGGAUUGAUCUGACUAUGGAAGACAUUAGGAGAAUGGAGGAUGAAACCCAAAAGGAGCUGGAAGCGAUGCGUAAGAAGGGUUCCGUUCGAGGCACUUUGGCUGCUGACGUCUAGAGGAGUUCUCUGUAGGUUCUGAGGCAAAUCAAGCUGUUUACGUAAUCAAGGCCAAGUCAGAGGAACAAGUGCUGCCAAUGAUGAAUGAUGAUGGAUUUAACCGUCACAUGCAGUGUUGAUAUACAAAUGUGUGUGUGGAUGCAUGAUUAUUUGUAUAUAAUUAUAUAUACGCACAUGCAUACUGAAGGGGGUUGUUACAGUGUCUCCAGGGUACUAUACCUGUCCUCAGCAAAGAUUCAAAGGAAACUGCUUUCAUUAUGUAUACCUGAAGCAAAUAAAAAUCAACUGAGUAGUGUCAUUUAAAGGAUGAAUUAACUGCAGAAUUAUGCUAACUGGUAUGUUUCAUGAAUGUCAAUACUGGACCAAUUUAUUCCCUACUUGUUUUUUUCCUGUCUUGAGUCGCUCUGCUAGAACUUGCCCAUAUCUCAUUGUAAAGAAAGAGAUUCGAAUAAGUUCAUUUCAGUUUUGUCUUCCCUAUGUGAUUAUUUUUGGAAUAGGAACAAUGAAUGUAUUUAUAGCUAUUUAUUUCUGGAUUGUCAUUAUCCUAUAGUCAAAUCAAAAAAAAAAAUUCUAUUAGUAGAAACUGGAAGACUUUUACUGUUAAAUAAGUUUAACCCAAACUUUACCCAUUCACUGAUUUAAAAGAAAAAAAAUAAUGUUUUAUUGGACUUUUGUACAUUGAAAUGCUAAUGUUUUUUUCUUCAUUAAAAUUGGCAAGAUUAAGGAAAAAUGGCUUGUGAUUUAUAAAAUAAUUGCAACCUGAAAUUUUCCAGAAGCUGGCUUUUUAGACAAAGAUACUGACAAUACUUGUAGAAUAUUUCAAGUAUAUCUUAGGCUGUGCAGUGAAAGUGAAGAGGGAUGGUAGCCCUUCCCUAAAGUAAUACUUCUUGUUAAUGAAAUCACUAUUUUCCAGAGUUUCACUUUGGAAGCUAUGCAAAUGGUCUUGUUUUCACACACAUAACGCAAUGGAAUAUAAUUGUGACUUUAGCUCUUUUCAUGUUGAAAAUACACUUUAAAAGAGAUGUAUACUUUCAGAUAUGAUGAAAGUUUAAAUUGUAGCAUCUGACGUAUUUCUCUGAUAUUUGUUAGGAGUAGACACGUAAAAGAAAAGAUGGUAUAAUAAAGACCUCUUGUAGAUAACUCUUAAAUAGGGAAAAUGUCUUCAGCAUUUUUUAAGGAAAUAUUCAGAGCGUAUCAUAUAUUAUCAAAAUGCUUGCUAGAUCAGAAACAAAUUAUUUUAAAAACAGAAGUUAGAUAAAGUUCUAUUAAUGCCUGGUUUCCUCCCAGCAUCCCCAGAAACCUCGGUGGGGCAAGCCUUGCUUAAGCUUCCAUCUUCAGAAUCUCACAUACAUCCAAGUAAUUUGGAAUCAUUUUGGACCUACUAUGCUUACAAAAGGAGCAAUCUGAUUUCCAUUCCAAGCAGUGGCAAAAUUUUCCUAAGCUUCCAGGGUGGGCCAGCUCUGCUGUACGACUUGCCCUGCCGGUGUGCCUGUCUGCUGCGAGUGCCAGGCACUGACACGUCUGCCAGCGUGUGGGCGUUUGUACCUCUCUCCUGUGUAAUUGCACCCUCCUACCUUCCGUGCUGCAAAAUUAAUUUUUUUUUUUUUUUUUUUUUUUGGAUUAGCAGUUAAAUGGUUAUUUGUCCUCUGUACGAUCAGGAGGUUGGUUUUGUAAAUAUGCAGAGACACAUGCGCGCACAUAGACACACGCAUAUGAUUUUAGAAGUUUUUGCAGCCAGGAGUGCUGCUGUGCACCUGGGAACCCAAGGGCUCCAUUCUCUUCAGUGCUGGAAUACAAGUCCUGCUGUCAUUAAUGUGAGUUGUAAUGCAAACUGAUGGAAAGGGACCCUACAACUUUCAUGGUUUUGGACUAGUUGUGAAAAUUUGAGAGAAUCUUGUAGUGAAUGUAAAAUGUUUAGUUUACUUUGGCAGUCUCUGGUGUGACCUACAGUAAAACAGUCAAUGAAAUUUAAUUAAAUAAAUUUGAACAUAAAA